CUCCAUUCCACUUUCCUCUCGAGCUCUUAAAACAAAGCUGCCAUGGCCGGAUACACUAUCAACACAAAGGAAAUUGUCUCCACGCCAACAAAAGAUGGACGCUUCAGGUAGAAUACAUAAACCGUCAAUCUUCGAGAGCCUCUCAAGGAUGAAAUGUUAGUUCAGGUGAUUGCUUCAGGUGUCUGCUACACCGAUCUCGCCAUGUCGAUGGUUCCAGCGGAGUAUGGAUUGUGGCCAAAAGUUCUGGGCCACGAAGGUGGUGGAAUCAUCGAAAAGAUGGGUUCGAAGAUUACGCAUACCAAGCCGGGCGACUUAGUCCUUGUUUCUUUUGACUACUGCGGAGAGACAACGUGCUAUAAUUGCAGCAAUGGCCGUCCGGGUUACUGUCCGACCUUCGAGAAGAACAUUACGAUGAGGUCGGAGGUCUACAAGCUCGGUGAUGGUAAGAGCGCCAGUGGAGCCCUCUUCUGCCAGUCUAGCUUCUCGAACCUAGCCCUAAGUGGGGUUGGUGCUGUGACGAAGCUCGCAAAUGUCAAAGAGACGGAUUCAGUCGCGGUAUUUGGGCUCGGUGGAGUAGGCAUGCUUGCGUUGAUGGCCGCAAAGAUUCGAGAUUGCUACAUUAUCGUUGGUGUAGAUCGUGUACAAUUCAGGCUCGACAUGGCCAAAUCUGUUGGUGUUACACAUGUUAUCAAUACCUUUGAAUUCCAAGAUCUUCAAGUGGGCCUCACUCAAGCGAUUAAGGAUAUUUGCAAGGGUGGCACCAGUUGUAAUGUCGAUACUACGGGCGUCUUGGACAUUAUCCAUGCCGGCGGCGAUCUCUUGGAUCAGCAGGGCCAGCUGAUCUUGACUAUCCGUAGAUGCAUCGAGGGGAGUGCUCUCCCCAAGACUAUACCACAAUUGAUUCAAUGGUAUCGAGUCGGGAAGCUGCCGGUUGACAAGCUCUUGAAGCAAUACGCUGCCGAUGACUUCGAGACACCACUCGAAGAUAUGCAUACCAAGGCCACAAUCAAACCCAUCCUAAUCUGGUAG